GGGCUGGGACGCUCCUCCACAGCGCCAGGCCUGGGGACAGUGCCAGCACGGGACCUGCCCUUGUGCCAGCCAUGCCCAUCUUCCCGUUUUCACUGUUAAACCUGCGUCAGCGCUGCGUUGGGCUAAACACCUCUUUCAAAUUGCCCCAAUAGUAGGCGGACUUAGGCAAGCCUGAGGCAGAAGUCCCUGCUUGUGUUGCUGCUGGGUUUGUUUCUGAGGCUUCGGUCGCCUGGCUGUCACUGCCUGUGUCUCGUCUCUCCACUGCUCUGAAGGAGUUUUGCGUAUAAAUAUUUCCUGAAAGAGAUGAAGAAAGGACCAGAAAGUGUAUCAUGUUCCCUUGAUGAAAUUCCAGACAAAUUAGUGGAGCCAAAUUCCAACAGUAACACCAGCAAUGAAGCCUCAGCAAAAGAAAAAGACGUGCUGUCCUUUCCUGAAGAACUGGAAAGUGUGCAGCUGAAGACCGGUAGAGGGAAACCCAGGAAAAAACUUUGCGGCUAUUUAAACAAACUGGGCAUCAAGGGGCCAAUUAAGACUUGGAAGUCUCGCUGGUUCUUUUACGAUGAAAACAAAUGUCACCUACUAUACUACAGAACUGCACAGGAUGUCAACCCUUUGGGGAGUAUCGAUCUGUCCAGUGCUAGCUUUGAUUGCAAGUUAGAAAAUGGGGAUGGAAUUUUUGAGAUCAGAACUCCAACCAGAGUUUUUACUUUGAAGGCAAUCAGCAGGCAGGCAAUGAUGUACUGGCUGCAGCAGCUACAAAUGAGGCGUUGGGAAUUUUGCAAUGCUCAGACCAGAUUUCCUGUGGGCAGCUCCCAGCUUGUGAAUGAACCGCUGCUUGGCAGAACAAAUGUUGUUGACAGUGAAGACUUUCUGCCUCCAGUCAAAACACCAACAGAAGCGGUGGGUUUAAAGGCAGCCUCUUUGCCUGCACCCCAAACAUCUACUGCUCUGCAGAACAUCUCCCUUAAGCACCCCUGGACAGAGAUACAAAACACUGUCUACAAUAUCUGUGGCUCCAAGCAGCUCUGGGGGAACAAUGGGAAUGUCUUUAAUUUUGAUGAAUUCCAGGAGCAUGCCAAGAACCUGGAUGAGGAGCAAGAGACAGAAAUGGAGGCAGGGUGUGCAGUGAAACAGGGAGCUCUGGAGGAUGUGAGGAUUGAGCCCAGACUAAACUGGGCUCGCAAGGCCAGGUGGAGGAACAGUGGCUUCCCAGGCUUGACUGAAGAGCUUCACCAAGAGAGGAGCCCAGUGGAUAAAGUGGGUGUCCUACAGCAACAGAUCCUGACACUCACAGAAGAAGUUAAGUCACAGAAGGAGCUGGUUAAGCUUCUCCACAAAGCUCUGGAGGCAGCCCAACAGGAGAAGCGGGUGUCCAGCAUGUACCUUACUGCAGCAGAGGAUAAGGACAGGCUAGAGCUGGUGCGCCACAAGGUGAGACAAAUUGCAGAUCUAACCAGUCGACUGGAAGCUGUUGAGAAAGAAAAGAAGGAGCUGGAGCAGACGCUAGCCCUGAGAGACAGCCAUAUCCAGGAACUCAAAGAUCAUGUGCAGCUGCUGAUGGAAAAGAAUCAUGCGAAACAGCAAGUCAUCAUGGCCUUGACGGAGCAGAUGGCCCGAGAGCUCUCCGAUCCCCUGCAGGAAGCCAACACUAUCACUGUAGAAACACUAUAUAAACAACAGGAGGAGAUUGAGCACUUGAAGGAUGAUAUUGAUGCAUACAAAACACAGAAUCAGUUUCUGAACUCGGAGAUCCACCAGAUUACUCGACUCUGGACAGGUGUUGCUGAGAAUGAGAAAGCACUUCUAAUGAAGUGUGCCUGCCUGCAAGCCCAAAACUGCAAGAUGGAGAGCAAAUACCUGAUGGUCUUGCGGAAGCUGCAAGAGGCUGUGCCUCUCCUGCCCAGCUCCCACGCUGAGCUGGUGAGGAACCUCAUCCAGGAAGCACUCCAGUGGGAUGUGAAGGAAGGAACAGAGGAAGGUCUUAAUCUGAAUCCUGUAAGUGAGCAUGAUGAGUAUGGAUUUAUGACUGUGCCUGAAUACGAAGUCGAGGACUGGAAACUUCUGGCCAAAAUCCAAGCCUUAGAGAUAAAAUCUAACAACCUGCGAAGCCAGGAGGUAGUGGAAAAGCCUCUCCGUGACAGGUGGAAUAGUGUUGGAGAGCUGAGCCCAUCUGCGGAGCUGAAGAGCCUGAUCCGAAGCGGCAUUCCUGUAGAACACAGGCAGCGAGUUUGGGGGUGGAUUGUGAGCCGACACUGCAGCCACCCCCCGGACCACUACCAGCGGUUGUUGAGGCAGAGUGAGAGCACUGAGCACCCUGCAUGCCGGCAGAUUGAGCUCGACCUGCCACGCACACUCACCAACAACAAACACUUCUGCUCUCCUACCUCCCCACUCAUCCCCAAACUCCGCAGGGUGCUGCUGGCUUUCUCCUGGCACAAUCCUACUAUUGGAUACUGCCAAGGACUGAACAGACUGGCAGCUAUUGCUCUCCUGGUAUUGGAAGAUGAGGAAAGUGCAUUUUGGUGCCUAGUCCAUAUUGUGGAGAACCUGAUGCCCACGGAUUACUACAGCAACACUCUGAUAACAUCACAGGUAGAUCAGAGAGUCUUCAAAGACUUCCUGUCGGAGAAGUUGCCUCGCCUUACAGCUCAUUUUGAACAGUACCGGAUUGAUGUCUCCCUCAUCACUUUCAAUUGGUUUCUUGUGGCCUUUGUGGACAGCUUGGUCAGCGACAUCCUCUUGCGAGUGUGGGACGCCUUCUUGUAUGAGGGAAUUAAGGUGAUUUUCCGCUAUGCUCUUGCAAUUUUCAAAUACAAUGAGGAAGAAAUCUUAAGAAUUCAUGACAACGUGGAGAUCUACCAGUAUCUUCGUUUUUUCACAAGGAUGAUUGUGGAUGGCAGGAAACUGAUGACUAUUGCCUUCAAUGACUUAAAUCCCUUCCCCAUGAAACUGCUGAGGAACCGUCGGACAAUGCACAGGGAAGAGAUGGAGACAGAGCUGUGUGAGCUGGAACAGAUCAAGGCAGCCUAUGUAAAAGAGAGAGCAGAGCAGGGACCUCAGGAUCUGAAAGAAGUUGCCAGUGAAGAGGAAGAAGAAAUUUAGCGAAAUUCCUCAUCACUCCUCUCCCACCUCACAGGAGGUUGUCAGUAGCAGCUCCCUGUGAGAGAAGCAGCAGAUGGAGAGAGGUGAUCACAGCAGGAGUUCAUUGGCCCCUGCAAAGAAAGCUGUAGAGACAGGACUGCCGGGGGGCCUGGCCGGGUUUGUAAUGGAUGGGAAAGUCUCAGAGAGGUUUUAUCCGCUUUCACAUGGCCCCCACCAAGUGCACUUUGAACUAUGUCAGAAGUGCACAAGAUGCAAAUGACUCAUAGUGCAGGUCUCUUCCACCUUCUCUGAUGGAGAGUUGAAACAGAACUUCAUGCACAAGUAAAAUGACUAAAACCUGAACCAAGAGCGCUCACUCACUAGUGCAUAAAGCUUCUGCACUGGUUAGGGGGAGAACCUGUUAUUUGAGCGUGUACUGGCCUCUUUGGCGUGCGUGUCUGAAGUUUAGUGUCUGAGUCAUGCCACCUUCUCCAGGUGACAGUAAACCCUGAGGGAGCUGAAAGACAUCUGCCUGUGCAACUCAGGCUGGGACAAGUGAAGUGGUUGUGGGAGGCAGGAGCUGCGUCUCCAAUUUGUUUCACAUGAGAGUCUGGUCUCUGAGCGUUGAGCACUAGUGUGACUCCCUGCUGGGCUGGGAAAUCCUUGGAACUGCCCUCCAGAGCCCUUGGAGCUCCGGAGCUCUGUCUAGCAGAGCCAGCCAUGGAUUAGCUUGACCCUGGCAGCCCUCCACUAUCCAGAGGCGAGUUUGCUUUAGAGAGAGACUCUUAUCUUGAUGUAAAACUGCAGUCUGGUUGGUGGCAGAGCCUCUUGGUAUGGGAACUUUGGCUAAUGGACAACAAGACACUUGGAAAACAAAACAUAGCUUCAGGUUUUUUAAAAAAACACAGCCCUGCUAAUAUUUCAGGGUCUGGCAGCUGCAUCCUGGGGUGCACACACAGGGGUCUCAUUCUGGCAGAGGGAUUGGAUAUCCAUGUCCCCCACUUCCAGGCCUGCUCUCCCUGUUCCCUGGGCUGGAAGGUUUCCCUGCCUGGAGCUCACUCCUCCCCAGAUCUAGGCAGUGUUGGUGCUUCUGAGCAACACAGAGAACGUCCUUUCCCCAAAAAGGAGGCUGGUUCUGCUGCCCUGCAAAGUGGGGCUUUAUUCCACACGUGCUGGCACAUGGAGUGUGCAACUGCAAGGGAGGCCUCUGUGUUCUUAGACUAAUGAGGAAGUGAGAGCCCACUCUUGGUGGGCACCCUUUAAACCACAUGUGUUAUAAAGUCAGGUGUGUGUGCACAAAGAGAGCAGGAAUAUGAACCAUGGUGCCGUUCUCAGGCAGAGGGACAGCCAAAAUCACAGACCUGGUGGGUGCAGAUCUGCCUGAGCUCUGUCUUGGCUCUCAUCAGCAAGUCAGGCAAUUUCAAGGAAUCAAGGAAAUUUGAGCUGAGAAAUGUGGAGACCAAGUAUGAAUGUAAUCAAAGCUGAAAUUGGGUUUGGGGAGGAGCGGAAGCCCUGCAUGAGGCUAUGUGGUCAAAAGCAACAUAGAUCCACCUUGGAAGAGCAGGAGAAGAAAUUGUCUCUGGAGACUGAC